AUGUUGAAAGGGUCGUCGUGGAAAGGAAUUGUUCGAUUUGGUAAAAGAGGUAAGUUAAGUCUGAGAUAUAUCAGUCCGUUUAUAAUCACUGAUAGAAUUGGUGAGGUAGCUUAUUGGUUAGAACUUCCAGCUGAACUUAGUGGUACUCAUAAUACGUUUCAUGUGUCCAAUUUGAAGAAGUGUCCAGUUGAUACGAAACUGGCUGUACCAUUGCCUGAAAUUCAGGCUUUUGCCGAGCUACUUGAAGAAGGAAUAAACAUUCCUGCGUGGUUUUCUUUCAACUCCAAAGAUGGUGUGAACGUGGUUAGUGGUGAUUCCUUGACUGAAUGUGCCAAAAUUGUUGAUUCAUGCCAGAAAGUUGUUGCUAUAGGAAUCAACUGUACACCUCCUAGAUUUAUCAGCGGUUUGAUUCAAACUAUAAAGAAGGGGACAGCUAAACCGAUACUCGUAUAUCCAAAUAGCGGUGAAACUUAUGAUGCUGAACUAAAGCAAUUUCCGUGUUUCUGUUUGUGA